AUGGUGCAGAACUUUUUACUGAGCUUCAAUUGGAUUUGUCAGAAUGUCCCAGUGAAAGUGCCAGCAGGGAGAAGGCAGCUGAACCCCUACUUGGACUCCUCCAGCACCAUCGCAAGCGAGAGCCUACUGCUCCGGUUCCCGGCGGCCUUCUGCGGCGUGAACUCUGCGGGCUUCGGCACUCACGUGCACGCGAUCACCUGGAACUCGCGCUGA